UAUGCAGCAAAGACAACAGCAACAACAAUAUCAACUACAAAAUCAAACAGGACACGCAGUCGGCGAGCGCAGUCUCGAUACGAAGCUCAAGACUAUCACGACUUCUGCUACUGCUGACAAAGUUUGCAAGAGUUGCCGUUGUCCUCGAGAGGAGCACCAGCGCAGCCCCUCGGAAACAAGCGUCGGCGGCCGAAUGGCGAUAGCAAUGGCUUUCCAAAACAGCCAGAGUAGUGUUUUAAAUGCUGGCCAACAACAGCAGCAACAACGCGGCGACAGUUUCGAAAGUUCGGUUCAGCCGCUACCGGUGGGAGGCAUCCCACCUGUUGUACAGGACGCCCUGGUACAACAACACCAUCACCAAAGGCAUUCUCAAAGCGACGAUGAUAGUGGCUGCGCCCUCGAAGAAUACACCUGGGUACCGCCUGGCCUUCGGCCUGAUCAGGUUCACCUGUACUUCAGCGGUCUGCCCGAGGACAAAAUCCCGUAUGUGGGUAGCGCCGGAGAACGGGAACGCGUAAGGCAGCUGCUACAACAACUACCGCCCCACGACAACGAGGCGCGUUACUGUAGCGGGCUGAGCGAGGAAGAGAAACGUGAACUACGUGUGUUCGCUGGGCAAAGAAAACGAGAGGCCCUAGGCAGGGGACAGGCCAGCCAGGUGGAUAGAGCUCACGGAAGCGGUUGUCGUGAAUGCGGAAGCUCCAUCGGUCAAGGCGAGAUUGCAGUGGGAGCAAGUCGCGCAGGACCCGCAGCACUCUGGCACCCGGGCUGCUUUGUUUGUUGCAUCUGUCGGCAGCUGCUAGUUGACCUCAUCUACUUCUGGAGAGACGGGCGGCUUUACUGCGGUCGCCAUCAUGCUGAAACGCUCAAACCGAGAUGUUGCGCUUGCGACGAGAUCAUAUUAGCGGACGAAUGUACCGAGGCCGAGGGCAGAGCCUGGCACAUGCGUCACUUCGCCUGUCUGGAGUGCGACAGACAGUUGGGCGGUCAAAGAUACGUAAUGCGAGAGGGCAGACCGUACUGCUUGCAUUGCUUUGACGCAUCGUUUGCUGAAUACUGCGACAGUUGUAGCGAACCAAUUGGCGUGGACCAGGGCCAGAUGUCUCACGAAGGCCAGCAUUGGCAUGCUAAUGAGUGUUGCUUCUGCUGUGCGACUUGUCACACUUCCCUCCUGGGCCGACCUUUUCUGCCUCGCCGCGGUGCCAUCUACUGCAGCAUCGCCUGCAGCAAGGGUGAACCGCCUACAACGCCUAGCGAUUCUUCCACUGGACCAACACCCGCACCACCAUCCUUCCAUAGGAUGUCUAAAAGGCAUGGAACAUCAAAGAACACGAUCGAGUGUUCGUCCUCUCCCGCUCACGCGUCACCCCAUCAUGACUUUGGUUCUCCAAGGAAUUCACCACGAAUGUCCAGAAAACACCAUCAGCAGCAGCAACAGCAACAACAACAUCAACAGCAGGUGUCAAUAUCGCUUGCGGGUACGCCAACGUUCUCAGCAACAACAGCUAGCGAAUUCGGUACAGGAACUGAUGCAGGAUCACGCUCCGGAGGUCUGGACCGCGUUCUUCUUGAAAGAAACCUCGAAAGGCUAUUACAAGAGCGCGGUUCGCAAGCCGAGGAAUCGACCACAGAACUCGGCAGGUUAAUGCAAGCGCGUGAUCGUGAACCACUUCGCUGCAUUCCAAACUCUGCCAGUCCUUCGCAUGCUUCUAGCAUGCCCGAACUACCAAACAUUCUGGUUUGUCCGAACGACGGAACGACAGCCACUACUUCGCCCUCAACUUGCGUCCCUGAAUCACCAGCAACAGAAGACGGAGCUGCGGCCCUUCCAACCUGCUCCUCCAGCUCGGUAUCUCCCUCAACGCCACCUGAAGAUAAACCUUCACCGCCACCUCCAGCGCCGGGACCCUCGCGUCGCGUCAGGUUCCAAGAAGAAAACUUACUGCACGAACCUUCUACAUCCACGGGAGUUUCGAGCUCGCGGCAUCAUGAUAGACGAUCACCGACUUCUUCCUGUCAUCCUAGAAGACACACCGUACCUAGAUCUAGAAGUCUACAGCUUGAAGAAGUACCUGGUUGCUCAUCUUGGGGUGAAAUAAAUGCUCGACUGCGAGCUGAUGACGAAGAAAGUUGUUGCUCUACCUGUAGUUCGUCAAGCAGUUCUGACGACGCGGAAGCUUACUCACUACCUCCUCGGCGUGCCUAUGGUGGUGUAAGACUUGCAUAUGUGCCAAAUGAUGCAGUGGCCUGCGCCAGACGUCGAGCGGCUACAGGUCCAGGAUCGCCUUCCGCUGGUCCGACAUCGGGCAAGGAUAAUGACAAAUGCGUUGUAUCUUGAUCGAAAGCUCAGCUCUUCGAAUACGUUUUUCCCUACCCUAUCCUCAGUUACUGUCUGCUACUUCGGAGCACUAAAAUUUUAGAAUUUAGUCUUUUGGAUACUGCCUAUAUCAUCUGCAAAUAACUAGA